GAAUUGCCGUGAUGUGUUGUCCUUUUGGCAACUAUCCACUCUUGGGAAUGGCUUCGCCAAGCGCCCGGGUUGGCAGCUCCAGCUAUCGGUCUCUCUCUCUCUCUCUCUCUCUGCUACAAUAAUUAUAGUGCUACGUCAACCUUCAAAGAAAAAAAGAAUGUUUCAAUAUCCUCCGGAACCACCGAAUCAAAACAAUAAUCAAAAUCAUCAUAUUUCCCCUCCAUUACCAUUAAAAGCCAAUUACAUACACAUCGUCCCAGUCUCGGCCCAUGCAGCCAGCCCAGAUGAACAUGAACAUCAACAUGAACGUGAAUGUGAACAUGAACCAUACAUCCGUCCGAAAUACAAAACACUGCUUUGCAGCAUCCCAAUCAGAAAGCCCAGUCCAGCCCAAUCAAGCAAUCAAGCAAUCCAAUCCCUGGUGGUAUCCUAUCCUGGCCAUUCAUAUCGUACACCCGCCAUCCAUCAUCAUACUAGUAUGGCGUUAUGUUAUCUCUGGUAUCUUUCUGCCUAGCCUGCAUCAUUUUUUUUUUCUUCUUUUUCUUUUCCCUUGUUCCAAUUUUUUAUUGGGUUUUGUGUUUUCCUUUUUUUUAAAUAUCCAUCACUCCAUGCAAUCAUCCAUGUUGG